CUCCGCCCCCUCAUUUUCAUUUCUGUCAGAUCUCAACUCCACCCCUUCAUUUUUCCUCGGCGGUUACUUACUCUUCUCUCCCAUUUCACAAUAAUGGCCAAGCAAUCUAAAGCCAAGAAGUCGGAGACUCUCGGCAAGGGCACCGUCACCCCCGUCCAGAUCGCCUUCCUCGUCGACCAGUACCUCUCCGAUAACAGCUACUCCGAAGCCCGCUCCGUUUUCCGAACCGAAGCCUCCUCGCUCUUCUCCAAGUCCCCCAUUCGAGAGGUGCCGAAGAGCUUGCUGAGUCUGUCUGAGAUUCUGAACGAGUACAUAGCGUUGAAGGAGCAGAAGGUGUUGCUGGACCACGAGAAGGUUCGGGUGGAGCAGGAGAAGACCAGGGUUCAGACGCUUUUGAAUGGGUUGCAGAAUUCCAUGAACAUUUACAAUGCUGGUGGAAACCCCCAAAUCUCCAGAGCUCCCGAUGCGGCGCCGAAACAGAUGCUCAUGGCUCCUCAGCCUCGCCUAUCUAAUGGGUCUUCUGCAGUUGUUCAUCCAGUGGUCACACCCACCAACACCAACAUGGGGCCUGCAAAUUUCUGCUCACCAAUCAUAAGUAACCCACCUGCAACUAAGAGAAAGGGUACCAACGCUGUUGCUGAUGCCCCUCAUGCUGCUAAGAGAUCUCGCGGCAAAGCAUCUGCCAGUAAGAUUCCAAACAAAGGUGAAGGAACACUUAGAGCAUCAGGUAGUGCACUUAAUAACCAAGGAAGUGCCCUGCCCACUUCAGAUGUUCAAUCAUCACUACAGAACUCUGCUCCCAGCAGCUCCUUGGUUCAGGGAUCCACUGUGGCCAAAUGCUUGUUCCAGCCUUCGAUUUCCAAUACCACCAAUUCUUCUGUUCCUCAAACACCUCCACGAGCAAAUUCCUCUCAAAGUGAUAAAUCUGUGUCUCCUGUUGAGAAUUCUGGCAUUUUUACCCACAGUGAUAACAAUUCUCCUCCUGAAAUCAGUGCUAAUUGCUGCACUAUAUUUUCAUCCAAGAGAGUGACAUUGACCCCUAACAAAGCUUGCUACACUGUGGAAACAAACCAUUGCAUUUCUUCCUCACCUGCCAAGACAAACUCGAGGAUCUCAAGUAGGAGGGAGCAUGUAAAAGGGAGGCUAAACUUUGAUUGCUCUGAUGUGCCAAUGGGUUUGGACAAACCAAUUACUGACGAGAUUUCUACUGACAAACCAAUCAUUGAAGAUAUAUCAACCCACAAACCAAUCAGAGAUGAAAUUUCUACAUCUGAUUCUGAAAAGGAAGUUGAUAUUUUUGACAUGGAUAUGCCCAAUUUUGAAGCCCUAGGGGUGGAUUUUAACUUCUCUGACAUGUUAGGUGAACUAGAUCUUGAUUAUGGAGAACUUGGUUUCACUUGUCAACCAUCUUCGGGUGCUUUCAUGGGAAAUGUUUCAGGGUUAUCUCAUGAAAAUCUGGAUGGUAAUAAGGGGGCUAAUCAAGUUAUGUCAGAAUUUUCAUCAACUGUGACAGAAGUAAUAUCAGAGAAGGGCACCGGUGCACAAGGACCUGAUUCUAUGACAACAAUGAAGUCUGUAACUAAAUCUAUCAGAAUUAUAAGCCCAGUGAAAAAGCGAGGAAACUCUGUGGAUCAGGAGAACUGUACUGAGAUAAACUGAAUGGUUUGCUGGAAUGACUGAUAGACUGACAGAGGAUCUUUUGACUAUGUUAAUAUUCCACAACCAUGUUUAGAAGCUAUGGUUUAGCAUCAAACAUCUCACAAAUUCCUUAGGAUUAAGUUUCUUGGUAGUAUAAUAUUUCUAAUAUGCCCUGGUUGUUGUAGUCUGGGCUUACUAGGCUAAUGGUUUAUUCUUGUUCACCAUACAGUUUCUCACCCUAGGCUUGUCCAUAUAUGACUAAGGGGUAUUAUUGAAGCAUGAACAUCUGUUGAUAGAAUUCUUAUUCGUUUAUGAGAUUGAAAUGUUAAGCAUGGA